AGUAGCAGAAAAGACUGAAGCUGAAGCACUUUUUAACACAAAACGGAACUCUGAUCCGGUUCCAGAUGGACAAGAACCCUCUAACCUCUCUCUUUCUCUUCCCCUUUUUUAACCCAUUUUUUCAUACCAAUUUCUUAAACCCUAACCCUAAUUAUUUCCCAAUUGAUUCCAAUUCUUAAACGCCUCUGUUCCCAGUUUAUAAAUUAAAAUUCAAUGGAGACUCAAUCAAUUCACAAUUUAUAUGAGAGACCUCCCAUUUACAAAUCUAAAGCUCCUGCUGUUAAAUGGUUCAAACAAUGGGUGCUGCAAGAUGUUGCAGCUACUGGUGGGAAAUGUAUGGUUUUCAAAUGGGUAAAAGAAAACCAAUUGACGACCUUGAAAGAGAAGUCUAAAGAACAACCAGAACUGGAGCCAGAACCAGAACCUACUACUGAGGUUCUUUUUCUCUGCAGUGGUGAAAACUGUGGAAAAACCUUUGUCGAUGCUGCUGCUUUGAGAAAGCAUGCACAUAUUCAUGCAGAGAGACAACAUACUUGUCCCUACGAAGGAUGUUUUAAGAAAUUUUUAGAUAAUUCAAAGUUGAAAAGACACUUGUUAACUCAUACAGGCGAAAGAGAUUUUGUAUGUCCUAUUGACGGCUGUGGUAAGGCAUUUUCUCUGGAUUUUAACCUGAGAUCACAUAUGAAAACACAUUCUCAAGAGAACUACCAUCUAUGCCCAUACACGGAAUGUGGAAAGAGAUUUGCUCACGAGUACAAGUUGAAAAACCACAUUUCAGCUCACCAUGAAAAGCGUUUAUCUGUGGAGCCGAUGAAAUAUGCCACACCUCCAGAAAAGACAGCUAAAGUUACAAAGCCUUCUCCCGGGGUCUAUGCCACUCCAACGCCCGAACGCCCUUAUGCGUGUCCUCAUGAAGGUUGUAUUAAGGCGUAUAUACAUGAAUACAAACUUAAAUUGCAUUUAAGAAAAGAGCAUCCCAGUCAUAUGUCGGAUGAAAAUGCCGAAAAUGCCUCUCCGAACACCGAUAAUUAUAUGGAUGAACCAAGCGAUCAGGAUGUAUAUGUGGAGAAGCGUAUGAAUGGUAGAAGCCAGAAACAGAGUCGGCAUAAGCCAAACUUGAAAAUGCCUGUUGCCAAACGCACUCAACGGAAAGGUUCAGGUUCAAGUCCACCGCGUACCUCUAUGAAAGCGGUGAAAAGACAUUGGCCAGUUCAAGAAACACACGAGGAAGAAGAUAGUGAAGAAACUGAGGAGGAGGAUCGUGAUAACGCAGAAGAUGGAUGGAGAUAUGGAGAAAAUAAUGGGGAUGAUAAUGGUGAAGACGGAUGGAGAUAUAGGGAUAACAAUGGGGAUGACAACGAAGAGACGGAUUAUGAAGACUGAAUGCAUGAACAUUAGGAUGCUUCAUUGCCCUUUCUUUCCGUUCUUUGUGAAUAUAUCAUAGAUGUAUUUUUUAGGGUUAAUUGCAAAUAAAUUCAUAAAUUUUAGCGUGUUUUGUAAUUAAAACAGAAAUUUGUAAUUUUAGCAAUUUCAAAUACCAAUUUUCAUCUUCUGGAAA